AUGAGUCGCAUAAUCCUCGAUGUAGUGCCACUGCUCAAUCUUCUCGUGUUGCUCUGCGCUAUCCGUCUGGUAGCGGCUGCCGUUCGCACCAUCGCGAUAGACGACACGUAUGGGGACGAGGCCACAGGGGCGCUGCCUGUGUAUUCCCCGUCCGCCGAGUGGUCACAGGGGCAACCGUGCGUCGCCGAUGACGAUGCGUGCCUCGUGAACCCGGACCCGAGUAUGGUGCGGAACGGUACCUGGCAUGACUCCGUCGGCUCGUCCGUUGACGCGCCACCGCGCACAAUCGACCUCGUUUUCAAAGGAAACUCGAUAUCCGUGUACUGCAUCAUCUCGGAGGUCGAUCGCGUCGAAAUCGGCGUGUCGAACAUGACUUUCGAGCUCGACGGUCAGGCGGUCGGGAAGUUCUUCCGCGACGUCAGCGGGCAGACGGACGCGGCUGGAGAUUACGAGAUCCAUUACAACUUCCAGGUGUUCAACUACUCCGUGCCCGAGGGGAACCACACGUUGCGAAUCAAUUCGGUAGGCUACUCGCGGAUGCUGUUCGAUUAUGCGCUCUACACGACGAAUUCAGAUCUGGCGAAUACCACUGUAUCUCCCCUGGAGGCAUCGCCUUCCACGACUGCGUCUGGACAGGCUUCCAGCGAUGCAUCCCGCGAGAGUCAGCCGAACGUCGGAGUCAUUGCGGGCGCGACGGCCGCGGGGACGGUUGCGGUCCUGGCGAUCGGAGUGCUGCUCUUCGUCUUCCUUCGCAGGAGGCGCCGCCUCAUGAAACGCUACGAACCGGACCAUAGCGACAGAUUGAAGCCAAACCGACGGUCGCAAGGGCAAGGCGGCAGAGAAGGCAUGAACUUCGCCUCAUCGGUCGCAUCGCUGCCGUACGAGGAGUCCAUCGCAUCUAGCCAUCCGUAUCCACAUACACCUCGUUCGCGCUAUCAUGAAAGCUCAGAAGGGCAUUCGCGAGAACCUUCGCCGUCCGACUCCGAUGUGCCCCUCAUGGGAAUCUCCUCGUCCAACCAAGACCCAUUCUCACGGGGGCAGCAGCCGCGCAUCGUCCAGGUCGGCGGGGAGACGAGGCUCGAAGGGCCGGAUAACUCGAUGGCGCGCCUUGCGCGUAAAGAGAUCGCGGAGCGCGAGGCGGAGCUCUCGCGGCGGGUACAAGAAGUCGAGAACGCCUUGGCGACGAGGCGUUCCACCGACGCGCCGCCGGGUGCUGAGACGUCCUCGUCCGCGGAUCGUCCUGGUCCCUCCCAAUUAGGGCCUGGUUCUACACCACCGACGUCAAGUAUAUUACCGCCGCACGAAGGCACCUCGGAAGCCGUCUUGCGCGACCAGUUGAACGAACUGCGAGCGGAAAUGGAGAGGAUGAAGAUCUUGCAGCAACAGAUGACACUCGAACUGCGGGAUGCUAUAGAACCACCACCGGGAUACCAGGCAGCAUGACAUCGAACUCCGUUUGCUGUGCGACGGCGGAGUUUCUUGAGUUAGGUUCAGUGGACAUGCUACGGAGAUGACGCUAUAAGGUUUCAUUGGACACUGCAGUGAAGGAGAAG